UACCAAUAUAUGUGUGUGUUUGGAGAGAGACUCAUCGGAGAGAGAGAAAGCGAGAGCGAUCUGGCGAUACACUUGCUAAUUGCUAUGCCCAGUCAGCCAGUAAGGAGCUGUAGGAGGCAGUCUUCUCCUCUCAUCUCUCCCUUCUGACGCUAACAUCUUCAAAUUUCAACCUCAGAAGAGAGGCAGAUACAGAGAGAGGUUUCCGACGGCGAUCAGCGGUGAGCUGCUCUGUUGAUAACUUGUUCUAAGUUAGAGGCGGCAAACAUUGAGGAAUAUUGAUCGAGGAGGAGCAGGAGGACGACGACGACGACGUUCUCUCUGGUAUGCUAUGAUUAAUUUCUCUGAGAAAUCAAUGGAGAGAGAUUUUGAGAGGGAGGAGCAGACCGGACAGACUGAUACAACUGCUUCAGAUAGAACUCACACCGUUGUGUUGGAUAUUGAGAGCCUUACACAACCCUCAGAUAGAAGCUCCGGAAGCCCCAAAAUGACAGGAGCGCUCUCAAGAAAAUGGUUUUAUCGAGCAGAGCGAUUGAUGAAUACUGACGAGGAAGACACGGAUGAGCCACCAAAGAAACUUCUGGUGAAAGUGAACUCUCAGCUGGAACCGUUGAAGAAGUCACUGAUCACCAUAAAAUCGUUUGGGUCAACCUCAACCGUGCUUACAGGCACGAAUCGCUUUAUGGCCAUUAACCCUCGAAAGAUCCUUUUCAUAUUUGCGACAGUGUCCAGUAUGGGUACAUUAAUCCUCAUAUACUUCACACUGGCCAUUAAUAGAACAAUUUGACAAACCGUGGACGGAAUGGAGCAUAGCAUAGCGUAGAACGGGCAUAUGAUCGAAUCGAGGAGGCACGUUCUCUCUCUCUCUCUCUCUCUCUAUCCUGUCAAUCUCCGAUAUUACCUUUCUUGGUAGCUGUGGUGCUGGGGAUAACUACAUUCAUGAAGCAUGAUCCUCCAUGCUGCAGUCUCAAUCUUCGUCUACUAAGGGUUGAUCCCUCGUCUCUUCUCUUCUCUCUCUGCCAAUUGAGACCAAAUACGUAUCUCAUUGUUGCUGUUGAUCCAACGUUUUCAGCUCACCAACUCUUUCAGUUGGUGUCAGCGCAGCUACCUGAUUGAGUUACGUACCAUCUCAUGCGGUUAAUUUUUGUUCUGAUUCUUGCUUCCCAAGCAACCCUGUUUUGUACAUAAUAAAAUCUACUAGGAAUUUACCAGAGUUUUUUGUAUUCAAGGUUAACAUGCAUGUAAAUUAAUUCGGGUGUUUAAACCAAUUCAAAUAAUUAUUGAUCGACGUUCAUUUU